AUGGACGGGGUCGGGACAAAAAAACGCCAAUGGGCUUGGGCUCAUGGGCUUGGGACAAGAAAAAAAUUUCAUGGGCUCGGGCUUACGGGGUCGGAACAAGUUGCAGAAAAAUGUUGUCCCACAUGGUGUCAAAUGUCCGAACUCAUAACAAAUCAUUGUUGUCUAGAUUGGAUUGAUGAUAAUCAUCAUAAAUAUAAGCCAUUUCAUGACGAUAUUUUACAACCAAUUGUUAAAUAUUCUGAAUUUCGAACAUUCACACGCGAGUAUGUAUUACCAUUAAUGAAUUCCAACACCUCGAAUAGAAAAUUAUUAAUUGUAAUAUCUGAUAUCCAAAAUAUUCAUAUAAUUCGUAAUGCCAUUCAUUUUAUACCACAAGUUUAUUUCAUCUGUAUUUUAUGUUGUUCACACGCUGAUAAACAACAAUUACAAUCAUUAAAACUACAUUAUCUUAAAAUUGCUUGUAUUUUUUGGAGAUCAGACACACUAAAUGUACAAAUUGUCGCCGAAUUAGCUACACAACUGUUGGAUGUUGCUGAUGAUUAUGAACAACAAGAAAAUAUGAGUUUAUCAGCAAUCAUUUCAGAUUAUUCAUUAUACUUACUAGCAACUAUGAAUGAGUCAUUACUACAGCGACGUUAA